AUGUCUGGCUGUCUAGACGCCUACCUCAUCAUCCUUGGUAUUCCGCCUAACUCUUGUCGAGCUAUCCUCCGCCUGACACCCAUCCACGCCGGAGAAUUAGAAGAGAGGAUGUCAAGUGGUGGGACACAGAACAGUUUAAGGAAAACUCUUGGUACUCUGAAGGACACAACCACUGUUAGUUUGGCGAAAAUCAACAGUGACUAUAAGGAAUUGGACAUUGCGAUCGUUAAGGCAACAAAUCACCAUGAACGGCCUGCGAAAGAGAGGCACAUAAGAGCUGUCUUUGCUGCUAUAUCAUCCACCAGACCCCGAGCUGAUGUUGCUUAUUGCAUACAUGCCCUUGCUAGAAGAUUGUCGAAAACUCGUAAUUGGGCGGUUGCCUUGAAAACAUUGAUCGUCAUCCAUCGUGCAUUGAGAGAGGUGGACCCCUCGUUCCAGGAAGAAAUCAUCAACUAUGGUAGGAGCAAAAGCCAUAUGCUAAACUUGGCCCAUUUCAAGGAUGACUCCAGUCCUAAUGCUUGGGAUUAUUCUGCUUGGGUGCGGUCUUAUGCGUUAUUUUUGGAGGAAAGAUUGGAAUGUUUCAGAGUGUUGAAGUAUGACAUAGAGGCAGAUCGUGAUAAUAGGACAAAAGAUCUCGACACUCCAGAUUUACUCGAGCAAUUACCAGCUUUGCAACAACUACUUCACCGUGUGCUUGGCUGUCAGCCGCAAGGAGCCGCAACUCAUAAUUUCAUCAUUCAGUUGGCUCUUUCCAUGGUUGCUUCAGAAAGCAUUAAAAUUUACAACGCAAUAAGUGGUGGUGCUGUUAAUUUGGUUGACAAGUUCUUUGAGAUGCAAAGGCACGAUGCUCUUAAGGCCUUGGAUAUAUAUAGAAGAGCCGGCUUGCAGGCUGAUAGACUGUCUGAGUUCUACGAAAUAUGUAAAACCCUUGACGUUGGCCGUGGAGAGCGAUACAUCAAGAUUGAACAGCCCCCUGCAUCAUUUGUGCAAGCCAUGGAAGAGUAUGUCAGAGAAGCACCACGCAUGUCCACAGCUCGCAAAGAUCUCGCUGAUGAUAAGCCCAAAGCAGUUUUAGCAAUAGAGUACGUAAAUAGUUCGGAGGUGAAGAAAGAAGUGCGUCCACCGUCCCCGCCCGACCCUGAACCCGAACCUGAACCUGAGCCUGAACCUGUCAAAGUUGAAGCUCCUGCUUCAGAAUCCGCACCGGAUUUGCUGGGUCUAAGUGAGCCUAGUCCUGCUGCCUCGGAGUUGGAUGAGAAAAAUGCUUUGGCUUUAGCCAUUGUGCCAGUUGGUGGAACUCAACAUACGGGUCCCACUGAGCCAGUUCUGUCCAAUCAGACCUCAAACUGGGAAUUAGCCCUUGUAACUGCUCCAAGCUCUACCGAGUCCACUGCUGCUGCCAGCAAACUGGGUGGAGGACUGGAUAAACUUACACUCGAGAGCCUGUAUGACGACGCCAUGAGAAGAAACAACCAAAACACGAGCUACAAUCCAUGGGAACAAAGUGCCAUGAGCAAUCCCAUGAUGGGGCCUGGCCCGUUUUACUCCUCCACCACACCUUCUGUUGAGAUGUACAAUAACCAGCAACACGGUUUCCUUACGCCCCAUCAGCAGAUGAUGAUGAUGGCUGGCCCAUCACAACAGCAGGCGAAUCCUUUUGGAAAUCCAUAUGGUGUUGCCACUGCCCAGCCUUAUUCAGGACCAGCUAUGACUGUUCAGCAACCUUACAAUCCUUACAGUGCAGGUCUCAUUUGA